CGCCUCGCAGAGUUGGGAGCAGACAGGCAGGGUUGGGGGGGUGUACAGGGGGGGGAAAUGCAAGAGCAAAGUCUUUGCACCAUGUAGAGCGAGCCAGGGGGCCCGGGAGCGGCGCCCCAGGUCUGCGGCCAUGAACGCGAGCGACAGCUUCUCAGGAUCAGUGCAAAUCCCAGGAGGCACCACGGUCCUGGUAGAGCUGACACCAGACAUCCACAUCUGUGGUAUCUGUAAGCAGCAGUUCAGCAACCUGGAUGCCUUCGUAGCCCACAAACAGAGUGGCUGCCAGCUGACCAGCACACCCGUGACAGCCCCCAGCACGGUCCAGUUUGUGUCGGAGGAGACGGUGCCUGCCACCCAGACCACCACCAGGACCAUCAGCUCGGAGACGCAGACCAUCACAGUUUCAGCUCCAGAAUUCGUCUUUGAACAUGGCUAUCAAACCUACCUGCCCGCGGAGAGCAAUGAAAACCAGACAGCCACCGUGAUCUCUCUCCCCGCCAAGUCACGCACCAAAAAGCCCACCACACCGCCUGCGCAGAAGAGGCUGGGCUGCUGCUAUCCGGGUUGCCAGUUCAAGACUGCCUACGGCAUGAAGGACAUGGAGCGACAUCUGAAGAUCCACACGGGUGACAAACCCCACAAGUGCGAGGUGUGCGGGAAGUGCUUCAGCCGGAAGGACAAGCUGAAGACGCACAUGCGCUGCCACACGGGCGUCAAGCCCUACAAGUGCAAGACGUGCGACUACGCGGCGGCGGACAGCAGCAGCCUCAACAAGCACCUGCGCAUCCACUCGGACGAGCGGCCCUUCAAGUGCCAGAUCUGCCCCUACGCCAGCCGCAACUCCAGCCAGCUCACCGUGCACCUGCGCUCGCACACAGAUAACCAAGUUCCAAAACCAUCUGUCCUCUCUGCUGAAGACAGUGACACCCAGCAGGCCCCUGCUGUCACCCUACCCUCAGAAGCAAAGGAACAAUCGGCCACCCUGGGAGAAAGGACCUUUAACUGCUGCUAUCCAGGUUGUCGUUUCAAAACUGUUCAUGGCAUGAAAGAUUUGGACCGCCAUCUAAGAAUCCACACAGGUGACAAGCCUCACAAGUGUGAGUUCUGUGACAAGUGCUUCAGCCGGAAGGACAACCUGACCAUGCACAUGCGCUGCCACACGAGCGUGAAGCCACACAAGUGCCACCUGUGCGACUACGCGGCUGUAGACAGCAGCAGCCUCAAGAAGCACCUGCGCAUCCACUCGGACGAGCGGCCGUACAAGUGCCAGAUCUGCCCCUACGCCAGCCGCAACUCCAGCCAGCUCACCGUGCACCUGCGCUCACACACAGGGGACACCCCCUUCCAGUGCUGGCUCUGUAGCGCCAAGUUCAAAAUCAGCUCAGACUUGAAGCGGCACAUGAUCGUGCACUCGGGGGAGAAGCCUUUCAAGUGCGAGUUCUGUGACGUGCGCUGCACCAUGAAGGCGAACCUCAAGUCGCACAUCCGCAUCAAGCACACCUUCAAGUGUCUGCACUGUGCCUUCCAGGGCCGCGACCGGGCCGACCUGCUGGAGCACAGUCGACUGCAUCAGGCCGACCACCCCGAGAAGUGUCCCGAGUGCAGCUACUCCUGCUCCAGCCCGGCUGCCCUGCGCGUGCACCGCAGGGUCCACUGCAAGGACCGGCCCUUCAAGUGUGACUUCUGCAGCUUUGACACAAAGCGGCCCAGCAGCCUGGCCAAGCACAUCGACAAGGUGCACCGGGAAGGGGCCAAGACAGAGAACAGGGCCCCGCCGGGCAAGGAUGGGGGGCCCGGGGACAGCAGCCCCCACCACGCGGCCAAGAUCGUCGCCCAGAAGGCCUUCCAGUGCGACAAGUGUGGCGCCUCCUUCGUCAGGGACGACUCUCUGAGGUGUCAUCGGAAGCAGCACAGCGACUGGGCUGAGAAUAAGAACUCAAACCUGGUCACUUUCCCCUCCGAAAGCCUUGCCUCGGGCCAGCUCAGCCCCUUGGUCUCCGUGGGGCAGCUGGAGAGCCCCCUGGAGCCCAGCCGUGACCUCUAGAGCAGCGUGAGUGGUCUCUCAGGAAUCUGAACAAAGCGGACAUGGUGCCGUGCGGCCGACCUUGCCUUCUCUUCUGGAGCUGGCAGCCCCGGCCUCCCCGGGCGUUCAGCAGCGGAGCAGCUGACCCCGGGGGUCUAGGCGCCAAAGUGAGUCCACAGGGACGAUUGCCGCGGCCUCCCUGUAAGCGUUCUCUGACGGACUGCGCUGUGAUCUGGGUCAUUCAAAGGUGGGGGCCCCCUUGGGGAGAGUUGCCUCGUGUGGGUUGUGAUUUGAAAACUGCCCCGUCUCUGGUGGAGUUAUUAAGCUGGUAAACCCAGAGCACUGCCCUGAACUGAGCUGUGGGGGGGAAAGGCAUCGGUGCUCUGGUAUGUGGUGAAGUUCUUUCUUAACCGGGGUAGUGGCUGUUAGUGUUCGCCUUAUACAUUUGUGUGGUGUCUUUUCUCUGUUUCUGUUUUGUUUUUGUUUUUUGCAAUAAAAAAGUGAACUUCUCUAUA